AUGAUCAUCGAAUCUAUAGAAGGUAAGGAGAUGACCGAGGUGAGGCGAGGCCAAGGCAGGCCAAACCCCAGCACAGAGGCCUGUGGGAAACCCAUGUUUAUUGAUCACAACCUAGAUGAAGAUCCAUUAAAGGAGACUGAGAAGCUGCUAUCAAAUAGGUUUGCGGAGGACAUCUCCCAAGACCAGCCUCAUUUCCUGGAUGGAAUCUCAAAGCUGAACAUCACAGAGUCUGGGGUUCCUUCUCAACUGUUGGUACAUGGGUCUUUGGCUUUCCCUCUUGGAUUUAAUCCCAACCUUGACUGUUCUGUGGCAGGAGCCCACUAUGGCCUAGGUCGAGUGAUAGUUCUUUCCCAGGAUGGCUUGCUCUUCUCUUCUAAAUUGGGCCAUUUUCUGAUCAAAGCUAUUCGCUGGCUGAAAGGAGACCAAAAAGGCAGAAUUGGAGUGACCCCUAAAUGUGAACACCUAUUCCACAGGCUCACUAAUAAUGGCCUGAAUUGUAGUUUAGAAAGCAAACUGACUCCUGACAUGAGUGUUUACUGCUGCACUGCCUAUGAUGACAGUGAGGCAAAGCAAAUUCUGGAGUUUGUGGCAGAAGGAGGGGGGUUGUUGAUUGGAGGCCAAGCCUGGGCGUGGUCCCAUCAGAACCCAACCAAAUCUGUUUUAACUGACUUUGCUGGCAACCACAUUCUUAAUCCCUUUGGAAUAUCCAUCCUUAGUCAACAUGUAAAUAACAAUCUGUUUGAUUGCCCUAGACCUGGGCAGAGAAGCUAUCACUUCCGCUUGGCUAUGGCACAGUUCUUUGAGGAGGUGGAAAAUAAGAGUGGAAACUUCCUGAGGGAUUGGCAAGAGAAGCUCAUCAGGGAUUAUUCAGCCUUCCUGAAGAUCUCUACAGGAGAAAUUCCCAUAUAUGACUCUGUACACCGAAUGUUAAAGAAAGUGAUAAAAAAAAAUAAGCUCCCCAUUGUCAACAAUGACAAACUUUUGUUCAAAAACUUCUGUAGCAGCACUCUGCUCCGCUUGGCCUCUGAACUGGCCCAUGUCAGGAUGGAUUUUACUUCAGAAAUCUACAGAUUAGGGUACAACACUUCUAUCCUUCAUUCAUACUCACCAGCAGCCUCUAUCAACACGGAAAUGAAUCUCACCAGUCACAGUAAGAAUGGAUCAUUGGUACAAAUUGGCUGCCACAGUGAUGACCUUUCAGAGCACAGUAAGACAGCCAGAGAACCUGUAGCUGUUUACCAGCAUUACUUGGAUAAACGAGAUAACUCAAUCUCCAGCCUCUUGGGUGGCCUUGUCUAUAUCAUUGUUCCCAAUGGCUGUUCCUUGGGAAAUACAUCUGUCACCUUCACUGGAGCUGUACCUGCCCCUUACUUCAUACUUGGAAAGACAUCUGUGAAGGAAUGGAAGAAUUCUAUCCUCCACCAUCCAGUGCCAUGGGGGGAGUUGCAAGCAGAGAGCAUUAUCCUGACAGUGCCAGCUAGAAAUCUACAAUAUCUAGAGAACCCUGAGCCAGUGCUCUACCUCUGGAAUAAGAUGACAGAAGCCAUAGCCAAACUUGGAGCCAAGGCCCACCCCUUUCCUCGACAUGAGAGAAUUGUGCUUGAUGAGCAAAUCUCACACAGUGGGAUGCAUGCAGGGUACCCUAUCACGGGCCACCUUGGUACUGUGGAUUGCCUGCUCUCUGAGGACAAAAUAAGAAAAAAUGGCUUAUGGGGUCCCAUCCAUGAGCUGGGUCGUAACCAACAAUGUAGUGCUUGGGAGUUCCCCCAACAUACCACUGAAGCUAUCUGCAAACUCUGGCCUAUCUAUGUGCAUGAGACAGUUUUGAACAUCUCCCGGGACCAUGCACACCCUGCAUUGAGAUUUGAAGAACGGCAAAGAAGAUUGAAAGAAUAUCAGAAAAAUGGGGCUUCCUUGUCAAUGUGGUAUGACUGGACAGCCUUGGAGACAUAUCUGCAGCUGCAGGAAGCUUUUGGCUGGGCGCCUUUCAUCCAAGUCUUCGAAAAGUACCAACAACUGUCUGGAGUGCCUGAGGACAAUGACAGAAAAAUGAAUAUGUGGGUGAUGAAAUUCUCUGAUCAGGUGCAGAAGAAUCUGGUUCCUUUCUUUAAGGCCUGGGGCUGGCCUGUUUGGGAGGAAGUGGCUGCUGAAAUUGCCUGCCUGCCCGAGUGGAAGGAGAACCCUAUGAAAAUGUAUGGCAUGAGAAUUACGGAAUGA